AAGACUGCAGAGCAGCUGAGGAAGAUGGCGGUGAUCUACUGUGUGGCAGUGGACGAGGUCCCGGUGUAUGUGCAGUACUUUGACAUCACUCUGAUACCUGCCACCAUUUUCUUCUUCAAUGGACAGCACAUGAAGAUGGACUGGGGCACACCAGAUCAUACCACGUUCAUCGGCAGCUUCAAGACCAAGCAAGACUUCAUCGAUGUUGUGGAGGUAUUAUACAGAGGGGCCAUGAAGGGCAAAGUGAUGGUGACUAGACCCUUGGACCCCAGGGACCUGCCAAAAUAUUAA